UUAAAGAUGUUGUAUAAGAUUGCAAUAGAGUUCAAACCUGAAGGGCUACUAUGUAAUUUACCCUUAAAUAUAUAUUUUUUUAUUUAUGUUGUACUGGAAAAGACACAUUUGAUGCAGGCACCAAAAAUCUUAGGACCAGCUUUGGUGGUCUAAUAUCCUAAUAGAUAGGCGUUAGGUUUCUACCCAUGUGUUUCGAGUUCAAAACUCCUUCCAUAAUGUAAUAGUUUUGAACUCUCUUCAUAAUAAUAGAAAAUUUCUUUUUAAAAAAAUGUAUGCAAAGUAUUUGUGUAAUUUUAAACUUGUAAGAAAUGAAAAUAGUAAAUUGGGUCACUCAUUAAAAUUAUUUCACAUUGGAUAAGUGUAUCAUUUUAAUUUUUUUUAUUUUUUAUUAUGAACGAUAUUUUACAUUAAUAUAUAUAUAUAUAUGUAUAUCAAAGAGAGGGAAAAAUGUUUAAACUCAAAACGUAAUGAGUUAAAAAAUAAACCCCAUGAUUAGAGCAAUUCAUCACCUGCAAUUCUUGUCUUUCUAGUUCUAAGUAAAUGUAAAAUGUUUGUGUGAGGCAAGUAAUCCUCUCAAUAGUGGCAAUUUUGGAAAGAACGAUGUAUUUGACCACAUAGAAUCUCCAAAAUUUCAAAGACGAUCACCGCACUUAACUUUUUAUUUUCGACAUUUAUCAUCGUAUAAUAAAUUUUCGAUACUAGUUCCACUAAAAAUCUAUUUUUUUUUCCCUGAAAAACAAGGAAUAAAAAAUGAGAGAAGAAUAAGCCACUUCCCCUCCAUUUUUUUUUUUGGCCGGUCACUCACUCUCCCCUAAUCCUAGAGUUCGGUAGUUGACAAGUGUUCUUCUGCACAUGUUCGGUACUUCAAGAUUUACGUUUGUUUUGUCUCCACUUGCACCAUCGCCAUUUCUCAGAGAGCCUUCUUCUCUGCUUCUCUGGAAUUUACCAGUGAAGGAAACCUGUUGAGAAACAGAAAGCUCUACCUUCUGGUUUGAGAGAGAGAGAGAGAGAGAGAGAGAGAGAGAGAGAGAUGCUCUGCACCGGCAGACUUUUGGACGUGUCUUUCCCCGUAAAUCGGUGCAGUCCGUACAAACUGCAUAGCGCCGGCUGCUCCAAAUUCAGCUACCCAAGAAGCCCCAUAUCAACAAGCAGCUCCAGAUGGCGGUCCCUGGCCAUGGCUUCGGAACCCGACUCCUCCUCUUUCGCUCCGUCUGUCGAUUCUGAUCCCAAUCCCGCCGCUGAUACAAACCCCGCCGGGAGGCACAUCAUAUAAAGACUUUAUAGUAAAUAUGCAUCUGCCGUUGAAGUUGAGUCAAGUUGAUCCCAUCGUAGCGUCGUUCUCUGGAGGAGCAGUUGGAGUGAUCUCAGCAUUGAUGGUAGUUGAAAUAAACAAUGUGAAACUGCAGGAGCAUAAACGAUGCAAAUAUUGUCUUGGAACUGGAUAUCUUGCUUGUGCUCGUUGCUCCAGCACUGGAACCCUUGUUCUUACAGAACCAGUAUCAACAGUUGAUGGUGGAAACCAGCCCCUAUCACUGCCAAAGACUGAAAGAUGUUCAAAUUGCUCAGGAGCGGGAAAGGUAAUGUGCCCUACAUGCCGUUGCACUGGAAUGGCGAUGGCAAGUGAACACGACCCUCGGAUCGAUCCCUUUGAUUAGAAGCGCAACACCAUCGUUAGUCGUUCCCUUCCACUUAGAACCUUCUUUCUCUCUUUUGAUGCAAAUGCAAUACAUACAUCCUCUCAUAAGUCAUGACAUAAACAAGGAACUUCUGUGUAUAUCAACUGUUCAAGAAUUUGACCAGACAU